AUGCCGGCGGUGCGGUUUAGUGCGGCUGUUGAAAAGGCGCUGGCGGCGGUGUUUCCCCCACGCGACGCCUUCGACGCCCCCGACUUUGACCCCGUCGAAUUUCUCAACGCGCGCUUCCCAAACGAGGCGAGUCUCGCGGCCCUUCCCUCUUUUCUCGAGGAGGCCACCAAUCGACUCGCCCAGACGGAAAGUGAUCUGCUGAAGGCCGUAGAGGCGCAGGCCACGAAUGCCGCCACAGCCGAUAAAGAUCUGCGGAAUGCAAAAGGAGCGGUGGCCGCCUUAUAUGAACGGGUCUCUGAUAUUAAAGCAAAGGCUGCGAAGAGUGAAGAUACCGUGCGUGGAUUGUGUCAACAUAUUCGGGAAUUGGAUACCGCAAAGACCAAUCUCACCACAAGUAUUAAUACUUUACGUUCCAUGCAGUUAUGGAUGUUGCAAUUACAAGUCUUGUCAACAUCGUUUGAAAGACGAAAGUUUAUUCAAUGUCGUGAUGCCUUAAUGGAAGCACAAAAAUAUAGUGCGAUGUUUGAAAGUAUGAAAGAUAUUCCAAAGAUAAAAGAAAUUAAUGAUAAACAAGCACAACUUUGUAGACAAAUGGAAUACUAUAUUCGUCAUACUGUAUUUGGAGAUAUUUCUCUAGACUCAUUGGAUGAAACUUUAAUGGCAGAGGCUUGUGCUGUUGUAGAUUUAUUAGGAAAAGAAAGUAUACGAAAAAUUCGUGAUCAUUUUAUCGAAAAAAUGUUAGAAGUAUAUUCAACCCGUUUUAAACGUGGUUCAGAAGAUGCGAAAUUGGAACGUACAGAGAGAAGAUAUGUGUAUAUUCGAAAUCUUCUUGAACAAAAUGAAAGAUUAUUCCUUAAUGUAUUUCCACGUCAUUGGUGUGUACCACAAGAAUUAUGUGUUACUUUUUGUCUUCGAACGAAAGCAGAACUUGAUUAUCUUUUACGUGAAGCUGCUGGUAAUAUUGAUGUAGUAGUAUUAACAUAUGUACUUCAAAAAACUAUUGAUAUUGAACGAGAUCUUACCCAUAUGAUGGCAUGGAAAGAUGAAUUUCCUGGUAGAAGUGAAGUUCCAGAUUAUAGAUAUAAUGGAAUGAUACUUUCAUCUUUUAAAGCGCAUAUGGAUCUUUUUGUACAUAAUGAAGAUAAAUUAAUGGGAGAUGCACUUUCACAGCCUCUUAUAGGAAUAGAAACUAAUAUGGAUAGUAAUACUAGUAGUAGUAUAAAUCAUAAUAAUAACACUAAUAAUACCAAUCCUUCUAUUACUGGAUCUGUUGUAAGUGGAUGGUAUAAUGAUGCAGAUAUUACGGUAGGUGCUACACUUCCUGUUGCAGAAGAUCUUUUUAUUUUUAUUAAAGAAAGUUUAAAACGUACUAUUCGUAUUUCUCAACAAGAUGUAUUAUUGGAAAUGGCUGCUGUUUGGCGUAAACAUCUUAUUCGUUUUUCAGAAGCUCUUAUGGCACUUCUUCCUUCUCCUGCGGCGACAAAAGUAGAUAUGCGUCGGGCCUGUAUUAUUAUAAAUACAGCCGAUUUAUGUCAAUCCACCAGUCAAGAUCUUGGAGAAGAAGUUUGUGUACGUGGAGAGGCACCGGCAAAAGAAGUUGGUUUUGAUACCGUUACUGAAGCCUUCUCUGUUCUCUAUAGUAAAGCUAUUCAAUCUAUUGUACAAGGGACAGAAUUAAAUUUGGCUCCUUUCCUUGUGGAAUAUGGAAAUGGUGCAUUUGUAAAUCGUCGUGGAGAGGAUCAAGAUAUUCAUGAUGAAUCUAAUCUUAUUCGAUCUAUGAGUGCGGUAUUACACGAUAUGGUAAUCGUAUGUGCAGCCGUACUUCCAUCUUCUAUUUUACGUUUUCUUCUUGAUAAGGUUGCGGCUAGUGUAAUUCCUAUCUUUACAGAUUCCCUUUAUCGUAUGCGUCGAUUACCACCAGAGUUUGCCUUGGGUCUUAUGCGAGUUGAUUCAGCCGCAUUGGAACGUAAUUUUCUACAACUUCCAAAUUAUAAUGAUCCUAAUCGUUUUGCUCCUACUCUGUUAACAGGAUAUAUGAAACUUGUUCGACGUGAGUUUGAUAGACUUAAUCGUACACUUAAAGUAUUACAAGUGGAUGCCUCUGUAGAGACGUUUGUGGAUGUUUACUAUGAGGCAAUGUUACCAGAGGAUCGAUCUAUACAAAACUUUGUUCGACUUGUAGAACUAAAAGGAAGAAGAAGAGAAGAUGUUCGUUCAUGGAUUGCAAAUCUCUCCAAGAGAGGUGUGAUUGAGGCUACCAAACGUGAUUUACAACGUGAGGCUUCUCUUGGUAUUGCCACAGGCACUUCUUCACAGUCGGCUGCAACGACCACUAAUACCACCAGUGGUGGAUUGAAACUCUCCAACUUCUUUUCACCAGUAACGACACAGAAUGAACAACACACGAGUGGUAGUGGAUUUUCAAAUGCUCUUAACAAUUUAGUAGGCCUUGGCGGAGGAACUACUGGGAAUAGUGCUGUUGGGACUAAUAGUAGUAGUAGUGGAGGUGCUCUUCAAACAUCAUCCACUUUGUAUUCCAACACGGCAAACACAACAACAACAACAUCAACAUCAACGGCUAAUGAUGGAUCUAAACGGGGACAAGUGGAAGAGAGUUUUGGUUCGCGAUUUGCGAAAGCGGCACGUAAUACCGCAACGAAUAUAAAUUUCCUUUCUGGAUUUAAAAAGGAUGGCAGUGUGAACAAUAGUAGUGGUACUACUGGGGCAACAAGGUAG